UGUAGUCACUGGCCGGCCCAGGGCCGCAGUGUCCCGCACAGGAGCGGUGACAGCUCAGGAGGGUGUGUCUGCCCAGCAGGGGCCAGCAUGGACCAGUCUGUGGCGAUCCAGGAGACCCUGGCGGAAGGGGAAUACUGUGUCAUCGCAGUGCAAGGUGUGCUGUGUGAGGGAGACAGCACGCAGAGCCUCCUCCUGGGACUCGUGCGCUCCCGCCUGGAACGUGGAGGCCAGGAACACGCUCUCUUCCUGUAUACGCACCGGAGGAUGGCCAUUACUGGGGACGACGUCUCUCUGGACCAGAUAGUGCCGAUCUCGCGGGAUUUUACGCUGGAAGAAGUGUCCCCAGAUGGCGAACUCUACAUUCUUGGCUCAGAUGUGACCGUCCAGCUGGACACAGCGGAGCUCAGCCUCAUAUUCCAGCUACCCUUUGGUUCCCACACCAGGAUGUUCCUCCAGGAAGUUGCCAGGGCCUGUCCAGGUUUCGAUCCGCAGACCCCGGAUCCUGAGUUCCGGUGGCUGUCGCGAUACAGGUGCACCCAGCCGGAGUCCGAGCCGCCCACGCCCCGCCGUUGGAACUCGGCCCCACGCACCUGGCCGGGGUGCGCCACAAUUGGCGGAGGCAGGUAUCCGUCUCAAAAGGGGCGGUGGGGACUGGAGGAGGCCCGGCCGCAAGCGGGCUCCGUUCUGUUUGGGGGCGGGGCUGUGGAGCAGGUCGGCCUUCGAUUGGUUGAGGUGGCACCCGGGGGCGGGCCCCUCUGGGGGCGUAGCCGGGGGCGGUGCGGGCGGCGUGAUGAAGAGCUGGAGGAAGCAGGUCGGGAAAUGUCCGCCGCCGCCGGCUCUCGGGAGCGCGACUCUGCAGGUAGUUCUCACUUUGAUGAUUUGAGGCCAAAUGGGAAAGGCCCGCUCGUGGACCAAAGCCCCUGGGGUCAGGAUAAACCGGAUGGCCUGCUCACAAGACAGAAUAAAUCCAAGUCUGAAAUUACUGACAUGGUUCGCUCCUCCACAAUCACAGUAUCAGACAAGGCUCAUAUUUUAUCGAUGCAGAAGUUUGGACUGCGAGACACAAUGGUGAAAUCAGAGCUAGUACAGAGAGAAGAGGAUUAUACUUAUAUCCAGAACUUCAGGUUUUUUGUGGGAACCUACAAUGUAAAUGGACAGUCCCCCAAAGAAUGCCUCAAGCCCUGGCUGAGCCAUGGUAUCCAGGCCCCAGAUGUAUACUGUGUCGGGUUCCAGGAGCUUGAUCUGAGUAAGGAAGCCUUUUUCUUCCAAGAUACACCAAAGGAGGAAGAGUGGUUCAAAGCUGUAUCAGAUUGUCUUCAUCCAGAUGCCAAGUAUGCAAAGAUAAAGCUCAUCCGACUAGUUGGGAUUAUGCUGCUAUUAUAUGUCAGACAGGAACACGCAGAGCACAUCUCAGAAGUGGAAGCUGAGAGCGUGGGGACAGGAAUCAUGGGCAGGAUGGGUAACAAAGGAGGAGUGGCGAUCAGGUUCCAGUUCCACAAUACCAGCAUCUGCGUUGUGAAUUCUCACUUGGCAGCCCACACGGAAGAGUAUGAGAGGAGGAACCAGGACUAUAAAGACAUUUGUUCUCGAAUGCAGUUUUAUCAGGUUGACCCAGGCCUUCCCCCUCUGACCAUCAGCAAGCACGAUGUAAUCUUGUGGCUGGGGGACCUCAACUACAGGAUAGAAGAGCUGGAUGUGGAAAAAGUGAAAAAGCUCAUCGAAGAGAAGGCCUUUCAAACCCUGUAUGCAUAUGAUCAGCUGAAAACUCAGGUGGCUGCAAAGGCUGUCUUUGAAGGCUUCACAGAGGGUGAGCUGACGUUCCAGCCUACCUAUAAGUAUGAUGCUGGCUCUGACGACUGGGAUACCAGUGAGAAGUGUCGUGCUCCUGCCUGGUGUGACCGGAUCCUCUGGAAAGGGAAGAACAUCACUCAGCUGACUUACCAGAGCCACAUGGCCUUGAAGACCAGUGACCACAAGCCUGUCAGCUCAGUGUUUGACAUUGGGGUGAGGGUCAGAAAUGAAGAGCUUUACCGGAAGACUCUGGAGCAGAUUGUUCGCUCCCUGGAUAAGAUGGAAAACGCCAACAUUCCUUCUGUGUCUCUCUCCAAGCGAGAGUUCUGUUUUCAGAAUGUGAAGUACAUGCAGUUGCAAGUAGAAUCCUUUACAAUUCAUAAUGGACAAGUCCCCUGUCGGUUUGAAUUCAUCAACAAGCCUGAUGAGAAGUCUUACUGUAAGCAGUGGCUGAAUGCCAACCCCAGCAGAGGCUUCCUCUUGCCAGGUUCUACCAUUGAGAUUGAAUUGGAGCUAUUUGUAAAUAAGACCACCGCUACAAAGCUCAACUCGAACGAAGACAAAAUUGAGGACAUUCUGGUUUUGCACUUGGACAGGGGAAAGGAUUAUUUUUUGUCUGUGUCUGGGAACUACGUGCCCAGCUGUUUCGGAUCUCCCAUUCAUACGUUGUGCUACAUGAAGGAGCCAAUCUUGGACCUGCCGCUUGAAACUGUUAGAGAGCUGACUCUGAGGCCACUAUGGACUGAAGAUGAUGGGAGCCAGUUAGAGAACCCCAUGGAAAUCCCCAAAGAGCUCUGGAUGAUGGUUGACUACCUGUACCGAAAUGCUGUCCAGCAGGAAGAUCUGUUUCAGCAGCCAGGUCUGAGGUCGGAGUUUGAGCAUGUCAGGGACUGUUUGGAUACCGGAAUGAUUGACGCCCUCUCCGCUAGCAAUCAUUCCGUAGCUGAAGCCUUACUGCUUUUCCUGGAGAGCCUACCAGAGCCCGUCAUCUGUUACAGCGCCUACCAUAACUGCUUGGAGUGUUCUGGCAACUACACAGCAAGUAAACAGGUCAUUUCUACUCUCCCCACAUUCCACAAAAAUGUCUUCAACUACUUAAUGGCGUUUUUGCAAGUACUGCUGAAAAAUUCAGCAAAAAAUCAUUUGGAUGAGAAUAUUCUAGCUAGCAUAUUUGGCAGCUUACUGCUUCGAAAUCCAGCUGGUCACCAAAAGCUUGAAAUGGUAGAGAAGAAGAAGGCUCAAGAAUUUAUUCACCAGUUCCUCUGCAACUCCCUCUGAGCCUCUCUAUCUCCUCUCCUAUUUUACCUGAGGCAGCCAAUUUCCAGCCUCACCUGUUUCAGCUCAAGAGCUGCCUUAAGAGGAUGGGAGGCUACUUAGAAGCAAGAGUGGCAGCUGCCUGUGUCCUGAGCCCAGACCGCCCUCCCCACCAUGGCUGUCACACUCAGUGCUGCUGUGAGUUGUGAAGACAUGGGGGGAAAACCACCACAAUAAAACUGACAUUCAAUGUUCAACUUUAGUUAGUUAACACAGAUAGGUCUCUAUUU